AUGAAGUUGGUAAUAUUUUGCUUAAUGGGAGCCAUACAACACGUGAUUGGACAAACUACCCUGGCCAGUAAUCUCACAGCUACCAACAGUGCAGAUGAUAUUUACUCAUUGAAUGAAGAGGAUUUUAAGCUGUGGAUAUCAGGACAAACUCCCAAAGCGUGGGAGACAAGCACUUAUCCGACCAGUACAACAACUAAGAGUACUACCGAAGAAAGCCGCCUGCUAGAUCAGUUCAGUUCAGUUGAUCAGUCAACGACUUUGGAACCAGAGCUCAGUAUCACUACGAAACCAACUCUUGCAACCACACCAAAGUCUGAUGAAAGCAGUACUCGACUCGAAGGAUAUGUAUAUCCACAUCCUGAAAACCUCCAAAAUUGGGUUCAGGCUCAUAUGAUGGAAUCUCACCAAAUCAACAACCAACUGAUUUCGAGUGCUAAUGCCUUGCCAUUCCCUCCCAGAUUCGGUGGGUGCAUUCCUGAUAGUCAAGCUUUCAGUUUCCGUCCCGAAGCAAUUUCGUUCCAAACUUCGGCCAUAGUUCAUCGAUUCCACGACAACACAGCCCAGCAGGUUCCUUUUCCGGGUAGCUCUCAUCACGGGGAUGCGUUUUUAAGUCAGAACCAGCAACAGAAACCACAGCAGCAGGAACAGCAGCAGCAGCAGCAGCAGCAGCAGCAGCAACAGCAACAGCAACAGAAGCAACAGCAACAGCAGCAUCAGCAGCAACAGAUUCAGCAGCAGCAUCAGCAGCAGCAGCAGCAGCAUCAGCAGCAGCCGCAUCAGCAGCAGCCACAUCAGCCGCAGCCGCAUCAGCAGCAGCCGCAUCAGCAGCAGCCGCAUCAGCAGCAGCAGCAUCAGCAGCAGCCGCAUCAGCAGCAGCCGCAUCAGCAGCAGCAGCAUCACCGCAUCAGCAGCAGCCGCAUCAACAGCAGCCGCAUCAACAGCAGCCGCAUCAGCAGCAGCACCAUCAGCAACAGCACCAUCAGCAACAGCACCAUCAGAAGCUGCAACAAUUACCACGACCCGAACAGCUGCAACAGCUACAGCAGCCACAACCGCCAACACCACAACAAACAUCUGCUCCCGUGA